CUUCCGCAUUCCCGUGAUGCUCCGAAGCUGGCGAAACCCGUGUCCGGUGGGCUUCUGCAUCUGCAGCCUUCCAAAUGGAAAGGUAGAGGAGCAUACGGGUCCCUGAAGGGCUCAAAGUAAUUUGGUCUCUGGGGAUGACCUCAGGCGAGAAAGUGGUCUCUAUGACGGUGGCAGGCUUGUGCUGACGGCAUUUUUACCUGAUUGUCAUCUCAUUAACAUUCAGUCAGAAUGGAAACUUUGUCAAAUGUCCUUCCUCCUGUGGGUGGAAGUGGUGAUCUUGGCUCACAUGCAGAAGUGCAAAAAAUGUUAAUUGAUGAAAGAAUGCGAUGUGAACAUCAUAAAACCAAUUACCAAACACUAAAAGCAGAACAUACGAGGCUACUGGAUGAGUAUACAAAAUCACAAAAUGAGCUCAAACAGCUGUUACAUGAAAAACAAACUGUACAUGAUAAAUUUCAACUUUUACUUGCUGAACUGCAAGGGGAAUUAUUGGAUAAAACUAGAGAAGUAGAAGAAUUGAAAAUGCAGGUAGUAACUCCACAGAAACUGGAACUGCUGAAAGCACAAAUACAACAUGACUUAGAAACACCUGUGAGAGAACGCUUUCGAAAGUUGGAUGAAGAAGUAGAAAAGUAUAGAAUGGAAUAUAACAAGCUUCGUUAUGAACAUACUUUCCUCAAAUCAGAGUUUGAGCAUCAAAAAGAAGAGCAUGCCCGUAUUUUAGAAGAGAAAAAAUUAAAAUAUGAAUCUGAGAUAACAAGACUGGAUAAAGAUAAGGAAGAAUUGCAUAAUCAACUGCUUAGUAUUGACCCAACAAGAGAUAAUAAGCGUGUGGAAGCACUAUUAAGAGAAAAGGCCCAGCUACUACAGAAACUGAAGGGUUUAGAAGCUGAAGUAGCAGAACUAAGAGCACAGAGAGAGAAUUCUGGAAUGCAAGCAGAAAAUGUUCAAAGAAUACAGGUCCGACAGUUAGCUGAGUUGCAAGCUACAAUGAGAUCUCUAGAGGCAGAAAAACAAUCUGUGAAGCUGCAGCUUGAGCGAGUUGAAAGAGAACUGCAGAUGAGCAGUGAGCAAAAUACACUCUUAAUGGGCAAGUUGCAUAAAGCUGAGCGAGAGAUCAAUGUCUUGUCUACUAAAGUUGAAGAACUUAAACAUUCUCACAAGUUAGAAAUAACAAACAUCAAGUUGGAAACAGCAAAAUCUAGGAGUGAAAUAGAAAGAGAGAAAAACAAGAUGCAAAGUGAAAUAGAUGGGUUACGAUCAGAUAAUGAAAUACUUAAGGCAACACUUGAGCGGCACAAAAUCCUUUCAGUAGAAAAGGAUCGUGAAAUAGUACGCAAAGUACAAGCAGCAAGAGAGGAAGGUUUCCAGAAACUUGCUGCAUUACAGGAGGAAAAGUUAGAACUUGAGACCAAAUUAGCUGAACUAGAGAAAUUCAAAGUGGAACAAGAUGCUCAGAGACAGUCAGAAAAGGACCAGUAUGAUGCAAAGUUAUCUGCUGUGCAGUUGACCGAAGAGUCCAGCAGAAAGGAAAUCCAGAAUCUUAGACUGAAACUUCAACAGCAAGUUACUAAUUCAGAGGAACUAGAAAGAGAGAAAAGUGAAAAUGCAACUCUAAAGCAGCACAUCCAUGAUUUGCAACUGCAAGUGGCUUCACUUUCACAGUCAGAGAAUGAUUUGCUGGAUUCCAGUCAGAAACUCAAGGAAAUGCUGGAAAGAUUAAAGCAUGAAUGCAGGACUGCACACAGUCAAGCAGAAAGAGCUCAGUUAGAUGCAGAGAAAAAUUUGGAAGACAAACGUGUAGAAUGGCUGGAAGAAAAGCAUAAACUUAUUCAGCGCAUCACAGAGAUGGAAGAGAAGAACAACCAGAUAAAAGAGAAACUGCAUCGAGCAGCAGUCGCUCAGAAAAAGAGGAAGACUCUUAAUGAGAAUAAGCAAAAGAAAUUGCUGAAAAAAAUAGAGCUUUUAGAAGCCAAAAGAGAAGAACUAGAAACUGAAAAUCAAGUAUUAAACAGACAGAAUGUUCCUUUUGAAGAACAUAUUCGCCUUCAGAAAAGACUAAAGGAUUUACAGCGUAGGCAUAAUGAAUUCCGCAGGUUAAUUCUGUUUCCUAAUAUUCCAACACUGAAUCCAGUCAGCUUACUAUCUUCAACUUUGAUUGCUGGACCAGAACCAUCCUUUCCUCUGUUGCAGGAGGAACAGCAUCAAAGAGAGCUCUCCCUGCUUCGCAAACGUCUGGAAGAACUAGAAACUACACAGAGAAAACAGUUGAGAGAGCUUGGGGCUUCAAAUGAGCGAUCUCGGUCGGUAGUAAGUACAGAUUCAAACGCUGAUAGAAACAAGCUUGUUGAAGAGUAUGAUCUACCAUCUGGGGAUGCCAAAUAAAAACUAAACUCUAAAUCAUUACUUUCCAUACUUUGCCAAAAUCACUGAACCUAGAAGUGCCUUGAAAUAUAGGAAAGGUCUAACUAUUCUGCAUAAUUUUGUAUUUUAAUACAUUUUUAAACAACAUAUGACAAGUAAAAUUAAUGUUGAGGCAAUCUUAUAUUGUAAGAAAUGUUGCACUAAAAGCUUUUCUCUAACAAGACCAUUUUCAAGUUGCUAAGACAGCUUGGUCAUUUGAAAAAAAAAAAUACUGGAAAGUUUCCACUUCUAUGUAUCAUGUUUUCCAACUUUUACCAGUACUUGAGUCUCCUUAAGACUGGCAUCAUGCAAUUAAAAUACUGAAAUAAUUAAAAACUAAAUCAGUCAACAUUUGUUGUGAAGGCAGGUAAGAUUUUGGGAUUAUGAUAUAUGUAUUUUAACUUUAUAAAGAACUGUCUGCACUUUAAUAUAAUGAAUUAUGAAAAGAAGUAAUCAAGUUUUUAAAAUUAUUAUAAGUGAAAUAUGAAGCCUGUAUAUGCUUUUAACCUUAUCCAGAGAAAGUGAUUUUUUGUUGUGAAGGAAAUUUUUAUUAAAGUGAUCAUAUCUAUUUAUUAUAUUUUUGUAAACUCUAACUUGUUGUGUGUUUGAUUUAAUUCCAGUAUUGGUAAGAAAGUACUAGUUUGGGAUCACUGUUUUUUCUUUCUGAGGUAGGUCAGGCUGGGAAUGAGUGUAUAGUUAUUUUAUAACUAUUUUCCAUCUGACACUGAUGCAGCGCAUUUGGGCUGGGAUGCUUAUUUGCUGUGUGGAUAAGAAUCUGAAUUUAGGAAAAAGUGGAGAAUAAUUUCUGUUGUGAGCUGAUGUUCCUUCUUUGACCAUUUUCCAUGUUUCAAAGUACAAAUCACCUACUCUAUGCAUGCACAGGAUUAAUUGUUGAACUCAUUCUAGAGUUUAGCUCCAAGAAAUCUUCUUAUGAAUAUGCUGGGCCCCAUCCCUUUGGGAGGGGCUUUCUGUAAGUGAGCACACCUCUUCUCUGCAUGUUGCCCAUUCAGUUGGGUCUGCUGCUGCUGCCUUACCAUGGGGUUGAGCACAAAGGGGUGGACCUGGUCUGCAUCUGAAAAUUUCUCAUUCUCAGAGGCCCCUCUGGUUUGGCAAAGGGGCUCGCCUUGAAAUUAUCACAUCGCCUUCCCUCUUCUUAGAAUCUCGACCUAGCCCAUUCUCCACAGUCCCACUAUAAUCUUUUUCACUUUCUGAUUUUGAAGACUCUGAGAGGCAAUUUUGGGCAAUCUCAGAAGCCUGUGAGAUUGCCCAAGUCUGAUAUCCUCCUUAUCCCCAACCCUUCCUCGUUGUACAUCAGUCUCCUUCAAAGUAUCUGACUUCUUGUAUAGAGUGAUCACCUCAGUUGUUGGGCUGCUGUUUGGCAAAAAAAAGGCAGACCAAUGCCCAGGCUGUGUUAAUGUCUCAUACUGCAUCCUAUAUGGCAGUGGAAUGGCAAGGAGCAUACUCUCAUUGCAUUAGAUAAAGCUUCAAGGUCAAAACCAAAAUGAGUGAGAGGUGAUUUCAUGCCACUCUGUUUUUGUAUUCACAAAGCAGUGGCUCUAUAAUUGAAACUGUAUAAAUACCAGUUCUGAAACAAUUUGUCCUAUUUAAAUUAACCCCUUUAAAUAAUGUGAAUAAUGAUGCAUGGGCUUGAAAAGUUGGAGCACAUGUUAAGCAAAAUUUCUAAGCUGAACAAAACUAACUACAAAACUGAACAUCAGAUACUUUGUAUUUAAAAUAAAACAUUUCAUGUAAACA